GCUUAGCCAGUAGGCGGCGAUACUCACGUCUAUCUUCAACCCUGCAGCAUCUGUAGGACCGCAGAAGGACCUUUGUCAACAUGGCGACUCCAAUGCAUCGGCUCAUUGCUAGACGGCUAGCGGAAGCCAACAAGCAGAAUGUGAAAUGCCAGAAAUGUCUGGAGAUGGGCCACUGGACGUACGAAUGCAAAGGCAAGAGGAAAUACCUGUACCGACCCUCCAGGACCGCGGAGAUGAAGAAGAAGAUAAAGGAGGAGGAGAACAAACAAGUUAAUGUCAUACCGCAGGUGGGAGAAGUCACAGAGAAAAAGAAAAAGAAGAGGAGAAAGAAGGAGAAAGAGCAGAACAGCUCCACUGGCGUGAGUAGUGACUCUGACAGUUCGGAUAGUGAGUCUUCAUCCGACAGCAGCUCCUCCUCUAGUUCCUCUUCCUCAUCUGACGACAGCAGCAGUGACAGCGACGACAGCUCUUCCUCCUCCUCCUCCUCCUCCUCCUCGUCCUCCAGCAGCAGCUCCAGCUCCGACUCCGAUUCAGACUCGUCCAGCAGCAGCUCAGACGAGGGCCCGCCCGUCAAGAAGAAAAAGAAGAAAUGAGAGACUCAGAGGCCCCCUUUCCAUACCUAACCUCCAGCCCUCUCCAGCCCCCUUUCCAUACCUAACCUCCAGUCCUCUCCUUUUACUUGUGCCCUUGUGCUUCACUGACACCCUGCUGCCUCCUCCCCUCUGCUGUCAGCCCUGGGGUGUGUUUCUCAAAACCAAAGUUGCUAACUACAUUAGCUACUUUGCUGUUUUCAAUGCAUUUUCCCAUUGGCAACUACCGAAGUUGCUAACAGGCUAACAACUUCUCUUUUGAGAAACUCACCCCUGGCCACACCCACUUCGGCCCAUUCAGCUAGGAGGACUUUUACCUCUUCAGCAUCUCCAUGGCAAAUGAGAACAUCUCCUUUUUGAAUCGUGCUGUUACGAGAUGUUGAAUAAAACUUCUACAGUCAAUGACCUCUUGCCUCGCACCACAAGGCCACAAGCGAAAGAGGAGGAUGCGAGGUUGGAUAGUGAAAGGGACACAGUACCGUGAUUCCUUUCUAACUUUUGCAUUUCCUGUGUGUGUGUGUGUGUGUGUGUGUGUGUGUGUGUGUGUGUGUGUGUGUGUGUGUGUGUGUGUGUGUGUGUGUGUGUGUGUGUGUGUGUGGGUGAAAGCGUGUGCUCGCGAUUGUGCACCACCGAUUUGAUCUGCUUAAAAUUGAUGCCUCGCACAUGACAAAAUGUAUUGUACCUUUUUAGUGAGCAUUUGCGCUGCAUUCAAUUUGAUCGCACUUCAGAGAUGCAUAAUCACAAGCACAGUCUUUACUUCCAUUGAUAUAGUAAUACUGCUCUCAGUCAGUUUUUGAAAUGAAUGGACGGCAUCUGAUGACUGCAGUGUUGGCCUCUUCAUAGAGACGUCUAGAGAGCUCCACAUGUUUAGACUGCUGUUGGCCUGUUCAUAGAGACGUCUAGAGAGCUCCACAUGUUUAGACUGCAGUGUUGGCCUCUUCAUAGAGACGUCUAGAGAGCUCCACAUGUUUAGACUGCUGUUGGCCUGUUCAUAGAGACGUCUAGAGAGCUGCAUCUGCUGACUGCAGUUCAUAGAGACGUCGAGAGAGCUCCUCGUUUAGGACUCUUACUUUACUUCUCCUCCCCUUUUUGUUUUAAUGAAUCUUGUUUUUCCCUUUUAAAUAAAAGCUAUAUGGUUUUUA